UGUACGUGGUGCUAUUCCCACAACUAAUGUGUGUCCUGUGGGUGCCAUGGGCCAACACCUAUGGCAGCUUUGCCGGGUUUCUCGUCUCAUUCCUACUGCGGAUCUUGUCUGGUGACGCUGUGCUACAAAUUCCAGCGGCGAUUAAGUUCCCUUUGUAUGACUACAGCACUGACUCGCAGUUAUUUCCCUUUAGAACCUUCUCCAUGCUGUCUGGAACAUUCUGCCUGCUGGCCGUGUCCGGUCUGACCCACCUGAUGUUCACCAGAGGUCUACUGGACCUGAAGUAUGACGUCUUCAACUGCCACAAGAAACGAUCACACAAAAGACACGAUAUGAUUGACAUGGAGAAACCUGAAUUGUUUAAACAAGAGUUGCUGGGUUCUGUUCCCACUUGAGGC